GCAACGUGCCGUCUUUCCGUCAAGAUGCAAAACAUCCUUAGCAACGAGCUGUAUUGAUUUUAAACAACAAUUGACGGAUUUUGUCUUGAGCUGCUGGACCGUUCAAACAUGUGUCCGCGCUCUUCUGUAUCGCGACGAUAAUAAACGCUGAGUUAAACCGCAGUGUUUCCUUUAUUUCCGCGAGCGUCGGGAGUGCGAGCGCGUGAGUGUCUGUGUGUGAUUGAGCGACGUGGCCAGCGCAACAAUAAUAUAUAUAUAUAUAUAUAUAUAUAUAUGUAUAUAUAUAUGCGAAACGCACAAUUGCUCUGUGUCCCUACUUCUAUACGUCAGUCGAUAUACUGAGUUACUGAGGUUCAUCAAGAUGGGUAUCACAACAUCGUGGUUUCGAUUAUUUAUAAUAAUAUUUGGAUUGCUUGUACUGUCCUGUCAAUGUCGCAACUUGGACAUGUUUCAGGAUACUUUGGGGCAUAUAAAAUCACGUACGUCGCCAGAAAUUCAAGCAAAAGCAGCUAAAGAUGUCGCGGAAAGACUGCUGGGCAAAGAGAUAUCUAAAAUGUUUAUUAUGAUGCUGGAUACCGAUUUGGGACCUGUUGGCAAAGAUACUUUCAAGAUAACAAAAAAUCCUCUAGGUGAGAUCGAAAUUCGCGGUACUUCUGGGGUGGCGAUCACAUGGGGUUUGCAUCAUUACUUGAAAAACUAUUGCAAUGUUCAUAUAUCAUGGGACGGUACGCAAAUUGCGCUGCCAAACACCCUGCCGGAAGUUUACAUUAAAGUUAUAUCGAACGAUAGAUUCAGAUAUUAUCAGAACGUGUGCACUGUGGGUUAUAGUUCAGCCUGGUGGCAGUGGCAACAAUGGGAAAGAAACAUCGAUUGGAUGGCCCUUAAUGGGAUUAAUCUUGCCCUCGCUUUUACCGCGCAAGAGGCGAUCUGGCAAAGACUCUAUCAAGAAUUGAAUCUGACGAAAGAGGAGAUCGACGAGCACUUGGGCGGACCUGCUUUCUUACCCUGGGCAAGGAUGGGCAAUAUUCGUGGUUUUGGUGGACCGUUAUCAUCAAAUUGGCAUAAUCACACCAUACGUCUGCAGCACCAGAUUCUUCGGAGAAUGAGAGAUCUCGGAAUCGUUCCAGUAUUACCGGCAUUCGCCGGUCAUGUACCGCGAGGUUUUGCCAGACUUUUUCCAAAUGCUAAUAUGACGAAGAUCGACCCAUGGAAUAAAUUUGAAGACAAAUAUUGCUGUCCUUAUUUGUUAGAACCGACGGAUCCGCUAUUUCGUAUGAUCGGAGAAAGAUUCCUUCGAAUGUACAUUGACGAGUUUGGUACUGAUCAUAUUUAUAAUUGCGAUACUUUUAACGAAAACGAACCCAGCAACAAUGAACUUAUCUAUUUGAGAAACGUCGGCUACUCGGUUUUCUCGGCCAUGAACGCGGUUGACUCUAAAGCGAUAUGGUUAAUGCAAGCUUGGUUGUUCGUGCAUGACAUUACGUUUUGGACCAAGUCCAGAGUGAGAGCUUUCCUGACCUCGGUACCCACGGGACGAAUGUUGGUAUUAGAUCUACAAUCGGAACAGUUCCCACAAUACGGCCGAUUAAAAUCAUACUACGGUCAACCAUUUAUUUGGUGCAUGCUGCAUAAUUUCGGCGGCACCUUGGGAAUGUUUGGCUCCGCGCAGAUCAUUAAUCAGCGCACGUUCGAGGGUAGAAACAUGAAUGGCAGUACCAUGGUGGGUACCGGUCUGACACCCGAGGGUAUCAAUCAGAACUAUGUAAUUUACGAACUGAUGAACGAAAUGGCGUAUCGUCACGCGCCCGUCGACCUCGACAAUUGGUUCGAAAGUUACGCUACUCGAAGAUACGGCGCAUGGAAUGAAUAUGCGGUGGCUGCUUGGCGACACCUCGGCAGAACAGUUUAUAAUUUUAUCGGCACGCAAAAAAUCAGAGGGCAUUACGUUAUUACCAGACGGCCGAGUUUAAAUAUUUCAUCAUGGAUCUGGUAUGAUCGGAAAAAUUUUUAUUCUAUGUGGAACGUAUUUCUAAAAGCGAGAUAUGGUAGAGGGAAUAACACUCUCUACAGGCAUGACGUGGUUGAUAUAACCAGACAAGCUCUCCAACUAAUGGCCGACGAUAUCUACGUGACUAUAUUAGACUGCUAUAACAAAAAGAAUAUCACUGCUUUUCGAUCGUCCGCGAACGCUCUGUUGGAAUUGUUCGACGAUCUCGAAUCUAUUCUGGCGUCAGGAAGUAACUUCUUGCUGGGCACCUGGCUAGCCCAGGCAAAAGAUAUGGCCGUCGACGAAGAGGAGAGACGAUCUUAUGAAUAUAAUGCAAGAAAUCAGAUUACCUUGUGGGGCCCAAAUGGCGAGAUCAGAGACUACGCCAACAAGCAAUGGUCGGGAGUGAUGGCAGACUACUUUAAGCCUAGAUGGGAGCUUUUCCUAAAAGCCCUCGAGAAAUCACUGGUCCAAAGAACCGAACUCAAUCUCACUGAGAUUAACGACAGAAUAUUUCACGAAAUCGAACAGCCUUUCACUUUUUCCACGAAGGUUUAUCCGAUAGAGACAAAAGGCGAUACUAUUGACAUAGCAAUGAAAAUAAUUUCCAAGUGGUUCAAAGGAGAAUCAGCAUCAUCAUCAUUAUCAUCAUCAUUAAAAUCAUCAAGUAUAAAGACAUGCUAAAAAGAGAUCUUUUUUCUUUUUUUAUCUAAAUAAGAUAAAAAUUAUAUUUCAAAAAAUAUAUCCAACGACAUAUAAUAUA